GGUAGGUUGACAGACAGACCCCUGUCUCCCUUUCAUUUACCUGCUUGCUGCUGUAUCUGGAUCCUUUAGGGAGGCAAAAAAAAAAAAGGAUGGCUGAACCACCCGAGUCAUGUGACUGUUUUGUGUCUCUGCCACCUGGAUCGAAAUACGACCAAGUGAUAUUUGGUAAGAAUUCGGAUCGACCAAGGGACGAGGUACAGGAAGUGGUUUACCUCCCUGCUGCCGCCCAUGGCCCCGGGGCCACAGUGGAGUGUACAUAUAUCUCAAUCCCGCAAGUGGAGCACACACACGCGGUGGUGCUGAGCAGACCUGCCUGGCUGUGGGGGGCUGAAAUGGGAGCCAACGAACACGGCGUGUGUAUAGGGAACGAAGCCGUGUGGACCUGUGAACCUGUAAAUCCAGAGGAAGCGCUGCUUGGCAUGGACCUGGUGCGCUUGGCUCUGGAGCGUGGUGACAGUGCGUGGGCCGCUCUGCGUGUGAUCACCGAGCUGCUGGAGCAGCAUGGUCAGGGUGGAGCCUGCAGAGAAGAUCCCGAACACUUCAGCUACCAAAAUACCUUCCUGCUGGCUGACCGCCAAGAAGCCUGGGUCCUCGAGACGGCUGGGAAACUGUGGGCUGCUCAGAAAAUCACAGAGGGAGUGAAGAACAUCUCCAACCAGCUGACGAUAGGCACAGAGAUCACUGCAGAGCAUCCGGAGCUGCGCACUCGCGCCCAGUCUCAGGGCUGGUGGAACGGAGAGGAUGAGUUUAGCUUCACGGCGGCGUUUAGUCCAGACAACCCGCCCGCUAGGAUGGAACUGGCCAAGCAGCGUUACAGAGGAGGCACAGCGCUGCUGCAGGAACAUGACGGCUCUGUAACAGCAGAGGUGAUGAUGAGCAUCCUGAGGGACAAGCCCAGUGGCAUCUGCAUGGAUUCAGCAGGUUUUCGCACCACAGGCAGCAUGGUUUCUAUCCUCCCCCGAGAUCCCAGCAUGCCCUGUGUUCACUUCUUCACUGCCACUCCAGAUCCCUCCAGGUCUGUUUUCAAGCCAUUCAUCUUCUCUGGGAGCGUGCGCCACGUUACUAUGGUGAUGUCUCCACAGUAUGGCUCAGAUGAUCCUGUAAAGUCUCAGCCUCGAUUCCAGCGUCAGGUGGACAGGAAGCACGAGCUUUACCAAGCUCACCAGGGUGCUACGGAGGAAAAUCCGGACGGUGGAGCGUCUCUACAGGAGACUAUGCGCUUCUUAGAGUCCCAGUGUCUGCUGGAGAUUGAAGCCAUGCUCAGGGGCGAGGUGGAGGGUCAGGAGCUCGGCGAUCUCUUCUUCGACUGCGUGGACACAGAGAUAAAGUUCUACCAGUGAGACCGAGCAGUUGUCUUGUGAAUGUCGCUAGUGCUUGCUGAUCUGCUCCGGAGAGGGCCGGGACGGGCCUGUUUGCUCCGCUACACCUCUCUUAGUUCUCCUGAUGCAAUGCAACACAUCGUGAUGUCCAUUAACAUGCCACACUAAGUGUAACUGUAUGAAACAGGUACUAGAUGUUCAUGCCCCAUAAUCAUGUGUACUGUACUUGUCGCACCAGGUGGUCAUAUACGCACCACGUUAAUGAGUACAUGAUAGAUUACUAAGGUUGUGUGUGUGUGUGUGUGUGUGUGUAGAGAAUAGAGGAUGUGAGAGAAGAAUAGCCGAGGCAUAUUCUGAUCAUUCCUGUGUACGUUCACGAGGGUUCAGCUGCCUGGCUGAUCCUCAGAGGAGAAUGUGAAUAAAGAUAACAAGUUUACACUGGAUUUCUGC